AUGGUGUUUGGCGAAAAAUCUUUAGCAUUUGAUAAAGGAUUUUCCUCUUCAGAUUUAUUACAGUAUAUCGAACUGCUAAUGAAAGAGGCGAAACUACAACAACAAAGGAGUGCUCUAAAUCACUAUGGAUGGUUAAAGUCUAAAGAAAUUAACGUUAUAGAUUUGGAAAAAUUCAAAAACAUCGCUACAAAACUGUCACAUGAAUCUUGUGCUGCCGUAGCUGUCAAACUUGACAAUUUGAUGGACGAAAACAAAAUGGCGUAUAACGACAUCCUGCCAACCUUCCAGAAACUAUUGGAGGAACAACAAAACUUUCAAUUAAUGGAGGACAAUAUUAAAAAUGUAAAGAUGAAACGGUUUAAUAAAGUGUAUCCAGAACUGGGGAAUGGAGGACGCUCUUCUGUUUCUUUUAUAUUGCAG